UCCCACGUAUUUCUUCAUCCCAGCACGCUGAGCCUGGCGGUCCCUGCGGUCGCUGGAGGGCUAGUGGCAUACUGACAGGGGGCGAGGGGAAGCUGAGCAUCGCCUGGGCGAAGGGACUCCUGGACUAGUUUUAAAAAUCCGUUUGAUCCCCUCCCCUUUGUUUUUGUUACUUACUGAUGCCUGGGUAGGUCUGGUGUCACGGGGGGGUGCUUUCCUUGAAGUUUCCGUGGCAGCUUUGAUUGAGCUGUUCAGAGCUCGCCGGGCUCCUAAGACUCUCUUGCAAGGUCUCUGACCAGAUUUAAAGGUGCAGUAUCAUGGUUAUGAAAGCUUCAGUAGAAGAUGAUGAUUCAGGAUGGGAACUUGGUAUGGCUGACAAGAUGGAAAAGAGUAACACAAGCUGGAUAGAUAUAACCCAGGAUUUUGAAGAAGCUUGUAGAGAACUGAAGUUAGGAGAACUGCUUCAUGACAAGCUUUUUGGUCUUUUUGAAGCCAUGUCUGCCAUUGAAAUGAUGGAUCCCAAGAUGGAUGCCGGUAUGAUUGGAAACCAAGUUAACAGAAAGGUUCUUAACUUUGAGCAAGCUAUUAAGGAUGGCACCAUUAAAAUAAAGGAUCUCACUUCUCCUGAGCUAGUAGGAAUAAUGGAUACAUGUUUUUGUUGUUUGAUAACAUGGUUAGAGGGACAUUCCUUGGCACAGACGGUAUUCACUUGCCUUUAUAUUCAUAAUCCAGACUUCAUAGAAGAUCCUGCUAUGAAGGCCUUUGCUCUAGGAAUCCUAAAAAUCUGUGAUAUUGCCAGAGAAAAGGUUAACAAAGCAGCUGUUUUUGAGGAGGAAGAUUUUCAGUCAAUGACUUACGGAUUUAAAAUGGCCAACAGCGUGACAGAUCUUAGAGUUACAGGUAUGCUAAAAGACGUAGAAGAUGACAUGCAAAGACGAGUGAAGAGCACUCGAAGUCGACAAGGAGAAGAGAGAGAUCCAGAAGUUGAACUUGAACAUCAACAGUGUUUAGCUGUGUUCAGCAGAGUCAAGUUUACCCGGGUACUGCUGACUGUUCUAAUAGCAUUUACCAAAAAAGAGACAAGUGCAGUUGCAGAAGCUCAGAAACUAAUGACUCAGGCAGCUGACUUGCUUUCUGCCAUCCAUAAUUCAUUGCAUCAUGGUAUCCAGGCACAGAAUGAUACCACUAAAGGAGAUCAUCCUAUUAUGAUGGGCUUUGAGCCCCUUGUUAAUCAGAGAUUGCUGCCACCAACUUUCCCUCGAUAUGCAAAAAUAAUUAAAAGGGAAGAAAUGGUCAAUUAUUUUUCCAAACUAAUAGACCGAAUAAAAACUGUAUGUGAAGUAGUCAACUUAACUAAUUUGCACUGUAUACUGGAUUUUUUCUGUGAGUUUAGUGAGCAAUCACCAUGUGUUCUUUCAAGAUCCCUCUUACAGACAACUUUUCUGGUAGAUAACAAGAAGGUAUUUGGCACUCACCUCAUGCAAGACAUGGUAAAAGAUGCUUUAAGGUCUUUUGUCAGUCCUCCAGUGCUUUCGCCAAAGUGUUGUCUUUAUAAUAAUCACCAGGCAAAGGACUACAUUGAUUCCUUUGUGACACAUUGUGUUCGGCCAUUCUGUAGCCUGAUUCAAAUCCAUGGACACAAUAGAGCUCGUCAGAGAGAUAAACUGGGUCACAUUCUUGAGGAAUUUGCCACCCUCCAGGAUGAGGCAGAGAAAGUAGAUGCAGCACUUCAUAGUAUGUUACUGAAGCAGGAACCACAAAGGCAACAUUUGGCUUGCUUGGGCACCUGGGUCCUAUAUCAUAACCUUCGUAUUAUGAUACAGUAUCUCCUGAGUGGCUUUGAGUUGGAACUUUACAGUAUGCAUGAAUAUUACUACAUAUAUUGGUAUCUGUCAGAGUUCCUCUAUGCCUGGUUGAUGUCAACACUGAGCCGCGCUGACAGUUCUCAAAUGGCAGAGGAGAGAAUAAUGGAGGAACAACAGAAAGGCCGUAGUAGUAAGAAAACAAAGAAAAAGAAAAAAGUUCGCCCUCUUAGCAGAGAGAUCACCAUGAGUCAAGCGUACCAAAAUAUGUGUGCUGGGAUGUACAAGACAAUGAUUGCAUUUGACAUGGACGGCAAAGUAAGAAAACCUAAGUUUGAACUGGAUAGUGAACAAGUUCGAUAUGAGCACAGGUUUGCUCCAUUCAACAGUGUCAUCACACCACCCCCAGUGCACUACUUGCAGUUUAAAGAAAUGUCUGAUUUGAAUAAGUAUAGUCCACCUCCUCAGUCAUCGGAUCUCUACAUGGCAGCUAGCAAACACUUCCAGCAAGCUAAAAUGAUUCUUGAGAAUAUUCCUAAUCCAGACUAUGAGGUCAAUCGAAUUCUGAAAGUUGCUAAGCCCAAUAUUGUGGUCAUGAAGCUGCUGGCAGGAGGCCACAAAAAAGACUCAAAGGUUCCUCCAGAAUUUGACUUCUCACCUCAUAAAUACUUUCCAGUUGUGAAGCUUGUUUGAAAGCCAAGAGAUUAUUGUUAGGAUACCUGAAGCAUAAUAUGUGUAUUGGACUCCAGCUGUAGGACGGAGUAUCUAGUGCUGUACCCAGACUGAGAGGGAUCUCCAGGAUAAAAGUACUGUUACAUGGAAUAUCUAUUGUCUGCCUUUGUUAUGUGAUCUGAAUUACAACUGCCAUUUCAAAGUGGUUUGUAUGAAGUUUUAUGGGUGAGGCUGAUUUUAAUCAACUGUGUUGUUGAAGAACCUUGUACCUUAAUUGAUUUUGUUACAGAUUUCAUCAUAAAACAUUUCUAUGAAUUAACUCUGACAGAAAACGGUGGCUUAGGGAUUUAAUAAAGAUAAUGCAGUACUGAUAGGUACACCUGAGCUACUGAAAUUCUGCUUUGAACAAAGCCACUUGGAGAGAUUGUGAUUUUUUUCCAUCGUUUUGCCUAAGCUGCAUUGAAUUUGCUCACUCUGCAAGUAGAAAGACUGGGUUCUUUUCUUGCCAAGUCCUGCAAGCUAAAACAAUAUUUAUAGAAAUUAAGAGCAGAUGAAGCUAGUUAUUUAGCUCCUACUGUGCUGAAUUCAGUGAUUUUUUUUUUUUUGGUUUUACCUAAGUCAGUUGUCAAGGUAUUUUGUCUCACGUAGAAGUCCUUGAAUACAGUGAGAAAUGUAUUUCUAGUUGCAGUUUGUUCCUUUGCCUUGGUUCUUCAUGGUACUGGAGAAUCUGCAUAGCUAAUGCUGAGUAGUCACAGGGGAACACAUGACAGGAAGAAUGUAUUUUAACUACUCUGCAAUGUUAUUUCAAUGCUGCUGUUACUUUGCCCUUGCAAAGGUGGGAGUGCCAAUUUGUUCCAUUGCUCGGUCAGCUCUUGCAUGACCUUCAUUCUCUGUUUUUGACUGCAGUGCUGCAGCUGGAUCCUACUGCCUUCUGUAAUGGUUGCUACAGGUAGAAAUCCCAAACAGGAGAAGCUCAAAACCCACCCUUCCCUCAAAAAAAAAAAAAAAAAAAAAAGAAAGAAAGAAAAAAGAUCGAAAAAGCUGACUUGCUUUUCAGUAAACCAUACUUCUAAGUCUUACCUGGGCCCUAAAAGCAAAUCCUCCAGGUUUGACGGUGUUGACAUUCUUCGUUUUGGCACACAAUGCCUUCCUCCAUAGUGAUGAGCUUGUAACACCCUCUUCACCAUGCAAAACAUUUGUCUGUGUUUCUCCUAGCGGAGUUGUACUGUGGAGCAAUUUGGCUCCAUCACCUCAGCAGCAGCACUGCUGAGCUAGAGCUGGAGAACAGCAAAGAAACCCUGAAGUGGAACAGCCACUUGUCUGCCAGCAAUUUGCACCUUCUUGAAAUAAGCAGUACUGCCCAGAAGACCUGCUUUUCCUGAUUUCUGAGCCAAGGAGGUUGCUCACCAUUUUAUGUGUUUCCUUCUCUUCAUGAUUAAUAUACAUGAAUGCUGUAUCCUUGGCAAAGGAGUGAAAAUCCUGGAAAACAUAGUUGUAGAAGAUGGCAAACCGGGCCUACUGCAGGGCACUGAGAAUUCAUCUGGCUUUUGCUACCCUCUUGUAAACAAUCACAAAAAUCUUUCCUGUCUUAAAAAUCUUGAGCUGCAUGACAGCAGCUCAAGGACAGCCUUUGGUAGUUCUCCAAGGGAAGCAGCAAGUUAAAAAAAAAAAAACCAAGCUCCACAUCAUUUAUAGAACUAAGAAAACACGAAUUAUCUUACCCAUUUUCAUUGACAUUUGAAGUGGAUUAACUGUACAGAAUAAGGUGAAUACACAGUACAGAAUAUUAUUUCUAUUUUAUUUAAAAUGCUUGUCUAAAAUGGAUCAGGCUUAGUUUUUAAAAAAACCACCAAGGACAAGUGUUAAUUUCACCCCAAGAUGAUUACAGCAAAGAAGCAACUAAAAAUUUUAGUGAUAGACAAUACUACAUCAACCACAGUUCCAAAUGAAUCUCUUGUUUUGUUCAACUCAAAGUCCUCUAAUUUUAAAAUUCCAUAAAGCAGACAUACAGACCCCUUGCCUACUGGAAAUCUACCACUCUAGUUACAUUCCCGUAGCACUUGAAGCCAUUCAGAAUUAAGACUGUAUUCCUUUAUGCUUUCGAAUAUUGCUCUUACGCAGGUUUUCAGCUCCCCUCCUGUUGGAGGUGUAACAAGUGUGCUUUGUACAAAGGUGGUCUUGUUUAGCUGGCCAGUGAGAAGCCCACUCAGCUUUGGGUACUGUACAGAAAUACAGCCAAAACAAUUUGUUUUAAGAGAAUUCCUGGGCAAUAUAUUAAUUACCUGAAGGAUUUUGUUUGGGAUUUUGGCAGUUUCAAGUUAAAGCCAUUCAUUCAACUUGAAUACAGUGUUUCACUGUACCUUUUAUACUGUUAGAAUAUACGCUCUUUAACAAUCGCUAUUAAAUUCCUGAUUAACUUCA